AUGGAGGCGUCACUGGGCACCAAAUACCACCACCACUUCCCUGGGGGCUGGCUUAACUUUCCAAGCGCCAUCAGAGCAAAGGUCGCGUCCAGAGCGCCUCAAGAGUCCUUCGGGGUAACCAGGGCGGCAUCACUCCAGACCUUAAACAAGGGCCCGGCUUCUCCGAUUCCCCGCCGCCUCCCACCGCCCAGCCAGGUCGCCCCCCGCAGGCAGCUCCCACGGAAGGGAAAAAGGGGAAAGCGCUGUAGAAACUUUAGGGGCAGCGCCUCUCCGCUCCGGCCUGAGAGGCCAAGUGACCCAACAGCCGCACGCCCCGGCCCAAACCUCGGCUUCCGAGCCGACUCUCCACCAGCACCAGAACGCGCGGGCGCCACUACAGGGCUGCGGGGCCCGGGUCUGAGCACCCGCGCGGCUGGGUCGCGGCGCCGGCGCGAGCGUGGGGGACCGGGAACUAGGGAGCACCGACGCGGGUUCGCGCCAAGACAAAGCGUCCGCGCCAGCCCGGCGGGCGCACGGCGGCUACAGCGGGGCCCAGGCUGGAGUCGAACGCGGCGGGCCCCGCGACCCCUCACCUGUCGAGCCAGAAGGUCCAGGCAUAAGCCUCCUCACUUCCCUCAAAGAUCUCCAAGGGCUGCUGACAGCGGACACCUAACAAUCAAGGCCUUCUAUGAUGGUCCUGGAAAUGACCACAAGACUUGCCGGCAAAAGCUCAUCCCCGAGAUUCCGGUGCCCCUGAGGCCUCCCGACCCUACCAUGCCCGACUACCUCUCCCCCCGACCCCGGGCGUACAGCCGCCGUGACCCCAGCGUGGGCGCUGAACGCCACCGCCGGACCCCCGUUACCUGGGGCCAACCGCGACUUGUCGCCACCUGCUUCCUGCUGCUGCUGGCCGUGGUCGUGGGCGCCACGCACCUCGUCUACCUCCGCCUGCUCUUCUUCAUCCACGACCGCCGCAAGAUGCGGCCCGCUCGCCUGGUGCCAGCCGUCAGCCACGACUGGACCUUCCACGGCCCCGGCGCCACGGGCCAGGCGGCCGCCAACUGGACGGCCGGCUUCGGUCGUGGGCCCACGCCGCCGGCGCUGGUGGGCAUCCGGCCGGUGGGCCCAGGCCGUGGUGCGCGCCGUCUCCUCGUGCUGGAGGAGUUCAAGACCGAGAAGAGGCUGUGCAAAAUGUUCUAUGCCGUCACGCUGCUCUUCCUGCUCCUCUGGGGGCCCUACGUCGUGGCCAGUUACCUGCGGGUGUUGGUGCGGCCCGGCGCUGUCCCCCAGGCCUACCUGACAGCCUCAGUGUGGCUGACCUUCGCGCAGGCAGGCAUCAACCCCCUGGUGUGCUUCCUCUUCAACAGGGAGCUGAGGGACAGCUUCCGGGCCCAGUUUCCUUGCUGCCAGAGCCCCAGGACCACCCAGGCCACCCUCCCCUGCGACUUGAAAGGCAUUGGUUUAUAAAGGGCUCUCCCAUCUCUUAUACCCCAACCCAACCUUUCCUUUGGCUUGGACAGUGAUGUUGUCCCCCUUCUGCCCCCUUUUUAAUUUUCUAAGCUGCCUUCAAAAUGACUUUUAGUGUGGAUGAGCACUUGGGUUGUACAAACUCCUUUUUGUGGGGGGGAGGGGGUUGGGGGGACGCUGUGGGUAGUGGGUGGGUUUCCAUGUUUCAGUCCUAGCCCAGUUCCCUGUAUUUGUUUAUUAUCAUCCUGACGAUAGACUCUGGAGUCUUUGUAUUGGUAUUGAGGUCUUUCCUUCCAUAUGUUACUACUUUUUUCUUUUUUUAAAAAAUAAAGGCUAAACUAAUUUUCUUCAUGCAGUGUUUCCUACAGACAAUGGCCAGUUUUCUACAGAAGCUAUUUUUGACAAUUUCAAAUGGCAUUACAUUUGGUGGUGAAGAAGAGGAACCUGGGGGAAAUUCACAGGUUCCACUUCUUUGAGGGUCUUCCGUUGGAAGCAGUCAAGGAGAAGUGUAGGGAAUUGUCUCAGUUCCCUCCUGAUGGCCGGCCUUGGGCUCAGUUGCGCUUUGGAAGUGUGGAACACUGUGUUGGUACUGACAUUGAAUUUGAUGAGCUGACGUGGAGGGCAUUGCAAGGCUGUUGUUUUGUGAGCAGUGACAAGAUUUGUUUCCUACCUAACUUUCUACUACCAGAAAAUACACCUCAGCGACAACUGCCCUCUGUAUUAUACCGAUCUUGACUGGAAACAUUUCUGUAAAAUUGUGACUUUUAAAAGAGUAAAAAGUGUUUUGGUUAGUAAUGGUGUGGAGAAAAUAACAGUAUUGCAUGAUUUUGUUAUGUGCUAGUUGUGGGUGGGUCACGGAUUGGAAGGACUCUGAGAGGCAAAGUAUUAAAUCACAAUUGUUUGGGUACUUUUUGCCAAUGAAAAUUCAAAAGAUUUUGUGGAAACAGCUUGUGCUUUGAGAAUCUCAGUUUUAUUCUGUCUUAUGAAACUAAUUUUGACUUUGAAAAUUGUUCUUUUGUUCAUGGUAUAAAUGAAUGGAAUAUAAUGCUAUUCUUCUAGAAGACAAAGCAUUUUCUUAAAAUGUUUGCUGGUUAAGCUGUGCUGUUCUACUGGUGGUUAUUUUAAAUUAAUGAUGAGAACUAUAAUUUUAAAUAUUUCUUUGUUAGACACAUUGUAAUUUAAAUUGAAAGACUAAAUUCUGCAAGUACUGUAUAAUAUUUUCUGCUUACAAUGCAACAUUUUUAUUGUA